UUAGUUGGAGUCCACAACUUCGAACCCAUCUCGUCACCGCCCUGUUUAACAUGCGUUCACACUUCGUAUGAGCCUGUCGAAGGUGUGACGAUGUUUCUUGCUCCGCCGCAACCAAUCUAAUGAGCUUCCCAACGCAUUGCCAGAUUGUCUUCUUCACACUUGCAAGAGACAGUGAGUCUCUGGCUUUUUCUCACCAAAACUGCCUCCUACAAACCAAACCUCAGUGCACGCUUAUGCAGCUCAAGAACCACCCUUCCCUCUUCCCUCUUACCUCAAGACCCAUUUGUUCUUUCGUUGAAACAUCCGUCGCAUCGCUGUAAAAAUCGACAUGAAGAACCAAAGCAACACCAUCCUCUUUUCUGCUUUUUCCCUAUUCUUUCUUCUUGCACCGUGGAGCGCUGCAACAUCAUCCAUGCCCGGAGAAGUUGAGGAUGAGAGAGAGUUCGAUUACAUAGCCGGGAGCGAGAAGGGGCCGAUGCACUGGGGAGAGCUGAGGAAAGAGUGGGAAGCGUGCAAGAAAGGCGAAAUGCAGUCGCCGAUUGACCUGACAAGCCGGAGAGUGAAGGUGAUUCCCAAGCUAGGGGAUAUACAGAGGAGCUACAAGCCCAGCAAUGCGACUCUCAAGAACAGGGGCCACGACAUUUCUCUUCAAUGGGAUGUGGGCAGUGUUGGAUCAAUCAAAAUUACUGGCACUCAAUAUUUUCUCCAACAAUGUCACUGGCAUUCACCUUCCGAGCAUACCAUUAAUGGCAGAAGGUAUGAAUUGGAGCUGCACAUGGUUCAUGUAAACACAGACCCAAACGUUGAGAACAAGAUUGCUGUUGUUGGACUCCUCUACAAUAUUGGCCGAUCAGAUGCUUUCAUUUCCAAGUUAAUGGGUAAUAUAUGGUCCAUGAUGGACAAAGAGGGCGAGAGAAAGAUGGGUACGAUUGAUCCAAGAGAGAUCAAGAUGGGUGGCAAGAAUUACUUGAGAUAUAUGGGCUCUCUCACUGUCCCUCCUUGCACAGAAGGUGUCGUAUGGACUAUCAACAAAAAGAUAGGCACUGUAUCAAAGGACCAAAUCAAGUUGCUCGGAGAGGCUGUUCAUGAUUAUGCGGAGAAGAAUGCAAGGCCUGUGCAACAACUGAAAAAAAGAGAGAUCCACCUCUACCAACCAAAUGAAGCAGCAACACCAAAUUAACCAUUUUUUUUUAUCAUUGAUUUAUUAUCAGGACCCUUCUAAACUAGAAGAGAAGAGAAGGUAAAUGUUCUUUAAUGGGAAUAGGGUUGCUGAAAUAUACU